AUGUCGCAAUACUAUGGCGAUUCGCAAUGGCUCGGCGGUGCAGGCGCUGGAGCUGGUGCAGGUGCUGGUCAGCCCACUUGGGACCACCAGACGCCUCCCCCGGCGCGUUCUGGUGCCAGUUCGACCCAUCCACGCGAGCGGGAAGAGUCUGCUGCUUUCUCCCAGCAAAUUGAGGAGGUCGACCGUGCCAUAGACAAUCUCGUGAAAAGCGGAAAGAUGUUUGGUGGCAAUGGCCCGCGCCGUGAACAGGCUUGGCUAACCGGGAAUGCAGACGGCCGAGGAGCCUCGGGUCAAGGCUCGCAGUUUGGUGACGCGCGGGAUCGUGGCGGCUCCGGCGGCCACGGCCCUGGCCUGCAGAACUUCUACGCCUCCCAGCGACAUCAGUCCUCGCGCGGUUCCAACGAGGCGGAACAGAUGAUGCAGGCAAAGCGGAGAAUGGCAGCCCAGCGGGAGCGAGAUCUGCGCAACUACCAUCAGGAGCAGCAAUACAAUAGAACUGUCCUUGCUGAGAUGAGUUACCCCGGCAAGCCCGAACGUGCUCUGAGCCCUGGUAGCAACAACAGCAACAGCAACAACAACAGCAGCAAUCUCCUUUCCGAGGACGACCGCCGCGACUUGAUCACCAGACAACGUAAUGCUCUCUACGGUGAGGGUCCCUACGAGAACGGAGGCUACGUCGACGAAACAGGCGCCCCCCGUCCCGGAGUUCCUGGGCUUUCUACUGGACCCUCGAGCCACCGUGGACCUUCUCCCCUGGCUUACGACUACAGCCGUGGUGGUCCCGACGCCCGUCGCGAGAGUGCUGGUUCUCGCAAUGCUAGUCCUCAGUCGAACCCUUCUAACAACAAGGGUCCGUUCGACAGCGCUAUCCACCACCAAGCAAACCGAACGAGCAACUCAUCGCCCGGUGGCUCACCCCCUCGUCAGGGAGCACCCGGACAGCCUGGUGCAGUCGCGCCCAUUGGCACUCGCCCUUCGGUCUCUGGACCCUCGAACCCUGCCUUCAACAAGCGAUCCACGACGCCGCUGCCUUCUCCCCUUAGCCAAGGCUUCAACGCGUCGAGCAGCAUUGAGACUGCUGGAAUCACUUCUAGCGCCCCGUCGGGCCCCUCGAGUGCCGCUGCCGACAGCUACAAUGGCUGGGGCAGCCGCUCGGGCGUCUGGGGCAAGCAGUCGUCCGGCUUGGGUGUGCAGGCUAGUGUUUGGGGAUAG